AUGUGAUGAUGCGGGGGUUUUCGGGACAGCCUGAGGCCAGCAACCGCGUCAUUUCUUUUUACCGCAGAAAAGAUCAAAUAAAAGAAGAUAAAUAAUAAAAAGAUCGUUAUAAAGUAGUUCACUAUUGACUAGUUAACUUGCUAAUUAUUUUACUCGGAAAGAUCGUUCAAAUAUCAUCAUCAUAACACUUCAUUAUCCCCACUACCCGCCAAUUGCCAUAAUGGGUGCCCUCGAGAAGCUGUCCCGCAAGUCCGGUGUCAUCGUUGGUGAUGACGUCCUCCGUCUCUUCGAAUAUGCUCAGGAGAAGCAGUUCGCCAUCCCCGCUAUCAAUGUGACCUCCUCCUCUACCAUCAUUGCUUCCCUUGAGGCUGCUCGUGACCUGAAGUGCCCCAUCGUCCUCCAGCUCUCCCAGGGUGGUGCUGCCUACUUCGCUGGCAAGGGCGUCAGCAACGACGGCCAGGCCGCCUCCAUUGCUGGUGGUAUCGCCGCUGCCCACUUCAUCCGCAGCAUCGCCCCUACCUACGGCAUCCCCGUCGUCCUUCACACUGACCACUGCGCCAAGAAGCUUCUGCCUUGGCUCGAUGGUCUCCUCGAUGAGGAUGAGCGCUACUUCAAGCUCCACGGCGAGCCCCUCUUCUCCUCCCACAUGAUCGAUCUGUCUGAGGAGCCCGUUGACUGGAACAUCGCCACCACCGCCCAGUACCUCCAGCGUGCUGCCCCCAUGAAGCAGUGGCUCGAGAUGGAAAUCGGUAUCACCGGUGGUGAGGAAGACGGUGUCAACAACGAAGACGUCGACAACAACUCUCUCUACACCCAGCCCGAGGACAUUCUCGCCAUCUACAACGCCCUUUCCGCCAUCAGCCCCUACUUCUCCAUUGCCGCUGGUUUCGGUAACGUCCACGGUGUGUACAAGCCCGGCAAUGUCCGUCUCCACCCCGAGCUCCUCAGCAAGCACCAGGCCUACGUCAAGGAGCAGACCAAGUCCAGCAAGGACAAGCCCGUCUUCUUCGUCUUCCACGGCGGUUCCGGCUCCAGCAAGGAGGAGUUCAAGGAGGCCAUCAGCUACGGUGUCGUCAAGGUCAACCUCGACACUGAUAUGCAGUACGCUUACAUGUCUGGUAUCCGCGACUACAUGCUCAACAAGAAGGACUACCUCAUGACUUCUGUUGGUAACCCCGACGGCGAUGACAAGCCCAACAAGAAGUACUUCGAUCCCCGCGUGUGGGUCCGUGAGGGCGAGAAGACCAUGAGCAAGCGUGUGCAGGAGGCUCUGAAUGACUUUGACACUGCUGGCAAGUUGUAAAAGAAAAAAAAAAAAAACCCUAAUAAUAUAUCAUUUCAUGAAAACACAUAAUUCUUAACACAAACAAAUGAUUUUUUUUUUUUAUUUCUUUUUUCUUUCUUGGGAAAUUGUGUCGCUUCCAAAGAGGAUUAAAACCAGAUAACUAGUACAUAAAAUGAACAGUGAAGACAUCAAAAGGGUUCAUAAAACUUUUGCUCUUGAAAUUUUCGAUAAUAAAUUGGUUUUACCGUUUGAGUCGAUAGAUUGAAUUCUAUAUUCUGACCCCCCAUGCAAGCCAUCUUGGGGAAUCUCCAUGACUUAAUUGGAUACCAGGGAAGAUAUCCAU